AUGACCAUCUGCGAGACCAGCAACGAUACGCUCACAGCCUCGUGCUGUACCGGCACCGGAUCACUUUGGGCCAUCAACCAGACUGCGUACUGCACAACCAACAAUCAAGGUGCCUUCGAGACUUGCCUGAUUGAUCAGACCAGAAAUCGCCCUCCGGCCGCGUACUGCUCCCCAGUCAAGCCAAGCAAUGGAAGCGCCAAGAGCAGUGCCGUCAAGUGGUAUAUGGUCGCGUUGUUCUUCCUCCUUGCCGUAGCAGGUGCCACUACUGCACAAGAUGUGGCUGACAGCCCUUCGGACAUCUACGCCCUCAUCAAUUCCAUCUGUGACAUCACUGAUAAGCAGGGACUGGCAUCCGGCUGUGGCCUCCGCCACGUCGAACGACUGCACAAGCGAGGAGACGUGGUGCAGAUCAUCGAAAGAGGCACCGUUGACCAAGACGCCUUUGAUAACCUAGAUCACUGGGCGGAAGUAUUCGGCAAGAAAUUCGAGCCUUACGACGACGACGACAACAUCCGCGUAACCUUCGCUAACACCAUGUAUUUGGUGACCAAUCACACGGCGGACGCCAACGCUCGACGCAGCGUGGUUAGACGAGACGGUGAAGCAAAAACGUUGAUUGAUACAUCUCACGAUCGGGUCGAGACAGGUACUCGCAGCAUACCAUACGAUUUCGGCGUCAGCUCUGGCGAUGACUGCAACCAACUCUACUGUUCGGGUCAAGGCAAUGGAGGCCUCACAGGCACCACAGACAUGGGCAGACUCGUUCAGAUCAGCUACAAGAACCAGUACGUGUGCCAAAGCCGUCGAGCCACCGCACGAAUCCAGAUAUUAGGUGAGGUCGUGGAUAGCAUCUCUCUAGUCCACGUGAAGGAGACUAUGAAGGCCCUCUUGGAGCGCGAACAGACUGGAGAGAUCAGAGACGUCUGCUACGACAAUGCGCGCUGGAAAUCCACCGUUUGGAAGACGGUUCCUAGCGCAAAUGUCAGGCACAUACUCCCCUCGGGACAGGAGAGUAAUAUGCUAGUCACCGUCGACCUGCAGUUCGAGCGAAACAACGAGUUCAGCUUUAUAUGCAGUACGCUACUCUCGUUCCUUGGCGAACUUCCAGGCGGUGGAGCUAUGGGUCAGGGCAUUUCGGCGCUUGUCGGAUGCAACAAUUGA